GAAAAACCCACAAAAACUCCAUUCAAUCAGCCGGCCCGGACGGGCAAACAACACCUUCCUAUUACGGCAUGACUUCGAGGCUGGACCGGCUCCUCCUUCUGCUUGACACCGGCUCUUCUACCUCAGUGAGGACUACUGCUGCAAAGCAGCUGGCUCAAUUGGCCGCCAAGAGUGUUACUGGUGAUGUGGCUAUAGAGGAAGAAAUCAAGACAAACCGCCAGCAUGUAUCACUCGGAGAUCCAGCAUCGUGGUCCGAGUUAAUGUCAGUGGUUGCUCGGAUCAUCCCAUUUCUUCAUUCAAAGUCAUUUGACACUCGAACGGCCGCUUCUGUUGCUCUUUCUCAUAUCUUUUCUCUAACACCUCUCUGGAGACCAUAUAACGAUGAAAGUCAAUCCAAACCAGUGAUUGAUACUCAGUUGUCUCUCCCCGCACCGGAAUAUCCGAAUUUCUCUGUGAAGGAGCUUAUCCUGCAGGGAAAGCUUCUACUUGCUUCCUCCGGCAAAGAGUUUCAAAGGCCGACUGGUAUCCUGUCCAGUGCCGCGGAGGUCAAAAAAGCUCGUAAAGAAGCAAUGGGUCGUCUCGGUCUCGAGUUCCUUGACAAUGAAUUGACCUCGGAAAUAGACCAUGAAGGCGACGUCGAGAUGGAGGUGCCUCCGAUGGCUGCGAGCGACCUUCUAUCGCCUACUGUUCCUUCCAUGGACGUUUCUGCACCUUCGCCAAACGCAGUGACUCAGGAGUCGGAUUCGCGUAGUGGAUCAAUGACACCAGCGGAUCCUUCCCCAACGUCUGCAUCUUGUCCUGACGUUGAGAUGUCUACAUUGUCAGCUCGUGAACGCAAUCGUUUAAAACGGAAGCGAAAACCUGGAAACACUGCGUUUGUGACUGCUCCACCGCCUCAAAGUGCCGGCGCUAAAUAUGCACCUGCUUCGAGUGUUGGAGGGUCAUCUAAUAAAGCUCGCCUGGUAGCCGCAGAAGAUAAGCCAAAUGCAGCGUCUCGUCUUGGCAGUCCCGCCGUUCAGAAUGGCUCGUCCCCAGACAAAGUCGGAGGUGCCGUCUCUCCUAAAGAAGUCAAACAAUCUAAGGCACUUGAAGUACGGCCUGGGUAUUGGAUUUGGGACGGAGUGGUGAAGGUCCUUGAGGUAAAUCUCUUCAGCGACGCCUGGGAAGUCCGACAUGGUGCCGCCAUGGCUUUGCGGGAGCUUCUCAAGAUACAAGGAAAAUAUGGCGGCAUGCAAGCCGAAGCCACUUGGGAGGAAAAUGAAGUUGCUCAUGAAAAGUGGUGUAACGCUUUAUCUGCGAAGUUCCUUUGCGUAUUCGUACUGGACCGAUUUGGCGAUUUCGUCUCUGACCAAGUGAUUGCGCCAGUCAGAGAAACGGUCUCUCAAACUCUCGCAUCGCUCCUGAUACACAUGCCCCGACGUUCGGUCCUGCACGUCCAUUCAAUUCUUCUGCAGAUGAUCCAGCAAACAUUCACUAUACCUGCAUCCGUUGGUAGCAGUAGUAGGUCAAGAUCCAAGGCUGCUACUGAACAGAGAACGCACAUAUGGGAAGUUCGGCACGCAGGUUUGCUGGGGAUCAAGUAUGAAGUUGCAGUGCGCAGCGAUUUGUUCAGCACUACCCCUGUGAAACAGGAAGAUAGCGAGUUCGACGACACCGGUAAAGAGAUACUUCGUGGCGUGGUAGCAGCGGCCUUACUGGGCCUGAGUGACCGUGACGAUGAUGUUCGUUCAGUAGCGGCGACCUGUCUUUCUCCGGUGGCUGGACAUCUUGUGGAACAUUUGCCGGAGUCCUUGGAUCAGGUAUUGCUUGUCCUAUGGCAAUGCCUGAGCGACAUGAAAGACGAUUUGAGCUCCAGCGUUGGUGCCGUUAUGGACCUCCUAGGAAAGCUGGUUGUUUACAACAAAGUCAUUGCUCUUCUCGCAAAUGACAGUUUUGGACUUCCGCUUACUAAAUUAGCACCUGCUCUCUUUCCUUUCUUUCGGCAUACCAUCGUCAACGUUCGUCUCGCCGUUGUAGAAACGCUGUAUUCCUUUAUGACGGUGCCUUCUCUUCCUCGCGAUUGGAUCGACGUACCAUUCCUACGCCUUCUGUUUCAAAAUCUCGUUGUCGAAGAACGUACCGACAUUCGUGAAGCUACCUUGAAAACGUGGCGACUUACCCUGUCCGUUCUCACCUCUGCGGAUCCGGAACAGAUGGAACAGAUGGUGACACCGGCGAUUCUGUUAGAGUGGUAUUCUAUUAUAAUGACACCCAUCGGAGUUCCCAUUGAUCCAACACUGUUCUACCGAACUACGGAACCGACAGACGGGGAAAAUCUGCCCGAAAGACACAACGUUGACAAGAACAUGCUUUCGCAGGAAUUAGGAUUGGUGUCUGUUGAAACUACUCUGAAAGCUCGAAUUGCGGCAGCCACGGCAUCGGCCCAGUUGGUUGCCUUUUGGCCCAAGGAUAUGUCAACGACAGAGGCCUUAUUUGGUCCCAUUCUCCUGCAUUAUGUCGAUUCCACCAGCAUGGUCCAGAAAUUCCUUACCGCGGUCAUUGCAGAAGAGUGGGCUCACGAGUACGACUCCAAGUUCCCUGCGUCUGGUUCAUCCUUGCACGAAGCUUCCCAAUUGGCCAAAGAGCUUAGCGCAAAAACUCUGGCAUGGCUUCAAGGCAACCCUCCAGCUGCAUACCACGAGAUGAUUGUCAUGCUCGCUCGAUUGCACACCGAAUGUAUUGCGCUUCUCCACGCCUUCAAUCAAGAUUGCAAACUUCCCGCAUCGUCCAUACCCUCUCUUGGAACUGAGAUUGAUAUCACUGGCAAGAUACCAGACUGCUUCACAAUCGAAACUGCUCAAGCUGCGUGCGGUCCGAUGUUCACGCGGCUCAAGGACAGUCUCGGAAGGACGAAGAAGCGUGAACUGAAUGUCAUAGGGGAGAAGCGAAACGGCAUUCUCGCCAGCAUCGACCGAUAUAUUGAAGUCAAGGCACAACACGACACUCGAGUCUCCGCUGCCUUUGCUGCCGCCUUUGUGGCCUUCAAGAGUAUGCCCGACAAGGUCAGCCCAGUCGUUAAGGGUAUCAUGAACGGAAUCAAGAACGAAGAGAAUGUCGACUUGCAAACUCGUUCGGCAGUAGCCGUUGCCUCUUUCAUUGAGUUUUGCGUGAAACAUCAAAUUGCGCAGCCUCCGGACAAAAUCGUCAAAAAUUUGUGCACUUUUCUUUGCCAAGAUACAGCUCAGACUCCUGCAUUCGCUUUCACGCGGAAGCUCACCAAUGACCCCAUAGUAGCGAAGAAUGGCAAAGGUAGCACGAAGAAUAAACCUAAUGGCGCACCAUCCGCUGAGGAUCCCAGAGCACAGUUGUCUCGACGAGGCGCUCGGCUGGCGUUUGAUCAACUAUCCAAGAAAUUCGGAAACAAAUUAUUGGUCGUGAUUCCUAACAUGUGGCAAUCGAUGGCCGGUGGACUUCUGAGUGCGUUCAAAGCAGAUAUCAUCGAUUCAUUAAGUGUGUUGGAAGCAAUCGUGCCGGCACUACACGAAGACAUCUGGCCUCGGUUAACGGAACUAUUCCCCAAGAUACUUUUGGCUCUACGUAGCCGGUUCGCUAUUAUUCGCCAAACGAGCGCCAAGUGUUUUGCGACUAUCUGCGACGUGAUGACGCCCGAGGCCAUGCGAUAUGUCAUUGAAAACGUCGUUCCGUUGUUGGGUAAUAGACAAGGUGCCACAGAAUUGAUAUUUCAUAUCGUCCGAAAACUUGAUAUCAAGGCCUUGCCCUAUGUCAUAUUCUUAGUCGUUCCUAUACUAGGUCGAAUGAGUGACUCUGAUAAUGAUGUUCGAUCGACAGCAACGAAUACGUUUGCUUCUCUCGUCAAGAUGGUACCGUUGGAGGCUGGACUACCCGAUCCUCCUGGUUUCCCUGAAGUUCUGCUGAAGCGUCGUGAUGAUGAGCGACAGUUCUUGACUCAAUUGCUCGACGGCAGUAAAGUUGAGCAGUAUGACGUCCCUGUUUCCAUCAAUGCCGAGCUCCGGAAAUAUCAGCAAGACGGUGUCAAUUGGCUGGCCUUCCUUGCGAAAUAUCAGUUGCACGGAAUAUUAUGUGAUGAUAUGGGUCUGGGCAAAACUCUGCAAUCGAUAUGUAUCCUAGCCAGCAAGCACUUCGAGCGUGCUGAAAAGUACGCAGCCACCAAAGCUCCCGACUGUGUCCCUCUUCCAUCUCUCGUCAUCUGCCCCCCAACCCUCACCGGCCAUUGGUACUACGAGAUCCUCAAGUAUGCCGACCAGAUGCGACCAUUGUGCCGCAACGACAUAUCGAAUUUAGAGGGUUUGAAUUGGUUGUACUGUAUACUCGAUGAAGGCCACGUAAUCAAGAAUGCAAAGACGAAGCUCACCAAAGCUGUUAAAUCCAUUCGAGCGCAGCAUCGCCUUAUCUUAUCCGGUACUCCCAUUCAAAACAACGUUCUAGAGCUGUGGAGUCUGUUUGACUUCUUGAUGCCUGGAUUUUUGGGAACCGAAGCAUCGUUCAACGAAAGAUUUGGGAAACCCAUAUUGUCGAACCGAGAUGGCAAGGCAAAGACUGGUGAAGCCGCUGCUCUUGCUCUGGAGGCUCUGCACAAACAAGUAUUACCGUUCUUGUUGCGUAGACUGAAAGAGGAUGUUCUGAAUGAUUUGCCGCCGAAAAUCAUUCAGGAUUACUACUGUGAACUUUCGGACCUACAGAAGCAUCUCUACGACGAUUUCUCCCAGUCUCAGGCUCGACACAACGCCCAAGAUGCUAUUCAAGCCGCCGAUUCAGCUAAAGAAAACAAGGGGCAGCAGCAUGUUUUCCAAUCGCUUCAAUAUCUGCGAAAACUUUGCAAUCAUCCUGCUCUUGUUCUCAAGGAUGCUGCGGCAGUUACUGAUGCUCUCGCGAAAGUCAAUAGUCAGACAAAGACGCUCGAGGACAUACAGCACGCACCCAAACUUCUCGCUUUACGACAACUUUUGACCGAUUGCGGCAUCGGUGGUGGCGCAGCAAACACUGUUACAGCAGAUCAAGGGAAGAGUGAACUCAUCGACGCCGUUUCCGAUGCUGGUGCCAGCACAUUCUCGCAGCACCGUGUUCUCAUCUUCUGCCAGAUGAAGCAGAUGCUUGACAUUAUCGAGACGGACCUCUUCAAACAGCAUAUGCCAUCCGUCACGUACAUGCGCUUGGAUGGUGGGACGGAUCCAGGCAAGCGUCACGCAAUCGUACAGACGUUCAAUUCCGAUCCCAGUAUCGACUGUCUCUUAUUGACCACUCAUGUUGGAGGUCUCGGAUUGACACUUACUGGUGCCGAUACUGUGAUAUUCGUGGAGCAUGAUUGGAACCCCAUGAAGGAUCUUCAGGCCAUGGACAGAGCCCAUCGAAUCGGACAGAAGAAGAUUGUGAAUGUAUACCGUCUGAUUACCAAGGGAACCUUGGAAGAAAAGAUCAUGGGGCUUCAACGAUUCAAACUUAACAUCGCGAACUCUGUCGUCACACAGCAGAAUUCCGGUCUACCUUCCAUGGAUACUGAUCUGGUACUGGAUCUCUUCCGGCGGACCACCCAGGAAGAAGACGCCGCUGCAAAAAAGAAAGCGAAAGAAGCUUCAGGCCCUGUCAGCCAGAAGAAUAUUCUCAAUGGCCUGGAGGAUUUGCCACCGGAGGAAGAGUAUCAGGGCCUGGAUCUUUCAACCUUCAUGGAUUCUAUCGGAAGAUAAAUUUCUUGGGCGUAAAACAUUGUCGUGCAUAUUAUUAUUAUUCUUUUCGUCUUGCAAUGUGUUUGUUUCUCCGGCUGAUACUAAUAGUAGACAGUAGUUGCCCAUUCAAUGUACACUGUAUCCAUAAAUUCAUUAUUUCUGUGCCCUUCACGUCGCACUACGUAGACCCUGGAUUGAUUGGCCAUCUUCGGAACCAGGCGGAUCCCGGCCCGAUUCCGC